UCUUGCCCUUACGAUAUCCACCGAGAGAGCGGAGCGGAGAGGAGAGAAAGCAAGAGUGAGAGCAAGAGAAUCAGAAUUUGAAACCCUAAAUUGCUUCGAAAGAAGUUACUCUAUUUUGCACAAGAAAGAGAGGGAGACAAAUUCCGUUUUCCUUCGACUUUGUGGCGUGAGGUUUUCUGGAUUUCUGUCUUUGAAGCCAUAGCUUUGUUCUUGGUAGCGCUAGAAGGGGAAGAACCUUUUAAGCGACGACGUUUCAAAGAUGAUAAUGAAUGAAAAAAUGGUUGCGGAAGCAGAGAUUAUCUGUCAACCUAGCAUUCCUCCGGUUCUUGACGUGCAGUAUCACCUGCAGAACUUGAACGUAGAUGUGACAGUUCCUUCGACUCCCAUCUUUGAGUCAAUCUCCACUGAUAUCUCGCGAUUUGAAUCAGCUGUGAGUCGCACAGAGACCAUGAAAGAAGCAGCUAUUGACUCGUCUGCUGCUAAGUCUUUUCCAAGCAUUCGCUCUGGUAGCUAUGCUGACAUUGGAACAAGGCCCUCUAUGGAUGAUGAACACAUUCGAAUUGAUGAUCUAUCUGCUUGUUUGGGUUCUUUCUUCAAGUGGCCAAGUGCUUUUUAUGCAGUGUUUGAUGGUCAUGGUGGGCCUGAUGCUGCUGCUUAUAUAAAGAAAAAUGCAAUGAGGUUAUUUUUUGAAGAUGCUGAGUUGCCACAAACAUCUGAUAUUGAUGCCAUGUUCCUAGAAGCAUUGGUGAAUUCCCAUAGGAAGGCAUUUUUGCUGGCAGACGUUGCCUUAGCUGAUGAAAGCAGUGUUAGCAGUUCUUGUGGAACAACAGCACUGACUGCUCUUGUUCUUGGCAGACAUCUACUGGUUGCAAAUGCUGGCGACUGCCGGGCAGUUCUAUGCAGGAAAGGGGUAGCUGUUGAUAUGUCACAAGAUCACAGGCCUUCUUAUUUGCCAGAACGCAAGCGUGUUGAGAACUUGGGUGGCUACAUUGAAGAUGAAUAUCUUAAUGGUUAUCUCUCUGUUACUAGAGCUCUUGGAGACUGGGAUUUGAAACUUCCUCUUGGGGCCGCCUCACCUCUGAUUGCUGAGCCAGAUGUUCAACAGCUUGUGUUAACAGAGGAUGAUGAAUUCUUGAUCAUUGGUUGUGAUGGCAUAUGGGAUGUUAUGUCAAGCCAGGAUGCUGUCAGCUUGGUCCGGCGUGGGCUUAGGCGGCAUGAUGACCCAGAGUUGUGCGCCAGAGAGCUAGUUAUGGAAGCAUCACGUCUUCAUUCAACUGAUAAUCUCACUGUGGUUAUCAUCUGCUUCUCUUCACCUAGUGUUGUAGAGUCAUGUCCCCCUCAGAGGAGGAGGUUGAGGUGGUGCAGUUUUUCUGAGGAGACUCGAAAUAGAUUGAAAAGGUUAAUGGAAGGCAAUUGAAUAUACAGACAGACAAAUUAUUUUGUAUUUAUUUCCUGAGAUUUUUAAUAAUAAAGGAUUUUUUUUUUUUUAUCUGUUUUGUGGCUGUUUCAGAUAGCUUGGAAAAAGCAGCCAGCAUUUUUGUAGGGGUAGAUGAGGAUACUGGGGUGGCGGUAGUGUCAAGUAAAGUAUAUGUUUCGGAUUGGUAACUUUAAUGGCAAAGGCCAGAUUAUUUUGCCAUAUUUUGAUA